UCCCGAUGUUUUUGUGCUUUUCUUUCUCUCGCACGGUGCCGAAGAUGGAGUAAUUUACACCGACCACUGCGACCAGGAUGAUAUGAUUAUUUAUUUCACCACGGAUGAAAUAUUCCAGUCCCUAAAAAGACUGAAUGGAUUCGAUAAAUGUUUGAAACUCGUCAACUUCGGCCCUUGUCGAGGGGAACUUGAAGACGCAAAAAUGAGAUGCCCGAGACCCGACUGCAGUGAUUAUGACAAUCGGAACUCGUGUAGAAUUACUUUUGACCCCGAAAUUCAUAAUUUGGUCAUAUUUUAUUCGACGGUUGAAAAAACCCAAUCAAAUCGAGAUGCAAAUUGCGGAUCGUGGUUUGUUGAAGCAUUUUGUUGCGUUCUAAACUCGAUGGAAGAAGACCAACUGCUUUUGGCCGUCCUAUCCUCAGUUCAGCGGCGAAUCCACGUAAAGUCCAGAGGCUACAACCUGGGGGCGCAAAAACACGACGGCCAAACGCCUGAAGCGAAGUUAUUUUCGCAGGAUGCACUCUUCUAUAUUUCAAAGAAUCAGAAACCAACAAAAAUUAAUAAUUUCACUGACGGGAUUGGGAAUACGAAGAACAUUAUUUUCGUUUCCGACUUUUACUCCUGGCGGUCGGAUUCGGGUAAGAACCUGCGAGGAAGGAGGGCCUUCAUCUUGCACGAAAUUUCAAAUGACGAUUCAGUGGCGGCAAUGUACAGAGCUCUAAGUCAAAACUUACACUUCGAGACCAGUAAGAGGAAACUAAGUGGGAGAGCCAUUGAAUUGCUUUUCAAUGAUGUUACAAAUUCUGACGAGGAUGUUGGCUGCGUUUUGACUUGCAUGUUCGGCCAAGUGAGCGAAAAAAUUAUUAAUGAGAAACAAGCCGACUCGCAAUUCAUGAAAAUCCCAAAGAAAGAAAUCUGCGUGCUGGUGGAUGGCGAAGAGAAACCAAUUACAGACAUUUUGCACAGAUUUUGUGGCCCGCACAAUGAAGCCUGGAUUGGAAAACCGAAAAUCUUUUUCAUAUUGGACCAGCCAAAAAUUGAAUCAGAUUACCUUAAUUUUCGCCAGAACAGCUAUGAAAUCUUGGCUACAAAUCACAGCGGAUGGCUUGUUCUAGUUUUAAAAGAAAAACGGCAUAUUGCUAAGUUGAUUGAAAUCCUCAACGGCGAUGAUCUCAAGAAAGGUAAAAGUCUUCAAAAGCUUUUAUACCCUCUUCUAGUUUGCGAAACAAAAGGGAACGUCUUGCUCAAUUCAACGCUGCAGCAUCUCCUCGAUUUCCCUGAAUGGCCGCGGUCUUUCGUCAAACCGGAUUUCAAAUUGAAACGCGGUAAAAACUCUGCUGAACAAGUGUUGACUUUCGAUGAUUUGCUGCAAGAGGCGAAAGAAACUCUGAAGGAAAAUCGUGUGUGGCUCUUGAGUUCUGUCGCUGGCUCAGGAAAAACGACCGUUCUCAGGGAAAUCGCGUUCCAACUCGGCAAAGCAGAUUGCGAUGUCAAAAUUUUGCGAAUUGUGCUUCCCAAAUACAGGAUCUAUUUCCUGAAGAAACAUCAGGUGAAUGAGGUGGAAUUUCUCGCAAUGGCGUCAAAUUACUCUUCAAAGGAAAUUUCCGAUUGGAUAGCGAGUAGCAAAAUUAUUGUGUUCUUGGACGGAUUUGACGAAAUUUGCCCUGAAUAUCGAGAAAAGGUGGUAGGGCUGGUGAGGGUUUUAAAGGAAAGGGGGCUUCCGAUGUGGAUAGGAACGAGGCCCCACGAGGCGGACGAAAUUAGGGAUAAAGUUGCUCAAAACGCAGUGUCCCUUUCAAUUAGGUCUUUCGAUGAAACGAAACAAAAGGAGCUCCUGCAUUUAGUGGCCAAGAGAAAUGAAGAGGAAAACAGACUUUUCUUAAAGAGUUUCGUGGCGAAUACCUUCCUGGGAAACCCGUUGCACCUUUCCAUGCUGGCUGAAUGCGGAUUUGAGGACAAUUUGUACAAUAUGUACAACAGAGUGGUGAAACAGAAAGUGAAAUUUUGUCUGGAAAGGGAAAAUGGAAAUUAUCUGGUGUCCGUGGAGAAGGUCGAGUUGGCUUUGAUUCCACUGCGGCUCAUAGCGUCUCGGUUUAUUAGCGAAAAGUGUCUUGUCGGCCAGGGCGUCAGCAUGGAACAAGUGGAAAGGAUGAACAACUUUGGCAUCGCGACCUUUCUGGACGGAGAGGUCACUUUCUUGCAUCAGACGUUCGCCGAAUUCCUCGCUGCUCAGCAAUUCUUGAUUGAUUUUCAAGAAUCUGGAACAUCUGGUCUUCGUAUGUUUGACCGCUGUCAAUGGUGGGAUUACGCAGAGUGCAGAAGGUUUGUCGACGCAUAUUUUUACAACAAUAAUGAAGAUAAGUUCGAGAAGCACUCAGAAAUAGUGUUGAAAAUGGCUAUUGACACAAGUCCCUAUAAUUUUCUCGAUAUUGUGUGCUGUGAGGAUUUGAAAAAUAUUUUCAACCUUUUAAAACCGAACGUAUCCUUCUGCUUGGACAAAGAAAGGCCUAUUCGCAUCCGAAACGGGCCGCGUCUGCUCCUCAGAGCAAUUAAAAAUGAAGAAAUCGCUAUUGGACUGGUAGAACUGGGCGCAAUAGAUGAGCGAAAACUAAAAAAGAUUCAGCGUCAACUGUUGGACGCAAUUUUAGAAAACAACGCCGCCAAGCUCUACAAGAGGCUUGAUGAUCAAUUUUCCGGCGCAUUCUCUCUUCUGAUACAAGAAAUGCAGUUCGAAACCAGAAAAAAGGAGCAGCUUUUUGAUGCCGCUCGAAAAGGGAACGCUGAAGUCCUCACUCUGCUCAUAGAGAACGGCGGCGAUCCAAAUGCGACUCACGACCACCGCAACGCAAUUUAUGCUUCUUGCGAGGCUGGACACAUCAGGUGCGUCGAGAUUUUAUUCGCUAAUAAUGCCAGAGUAGCGAAUUAUUUCGGUAAAACCCACGACCCUCUGAUCGUGGCCUCGGCAAACGGACACCUGGACAUAGUCAAGUACCUCUUAGUGGCGGAUCAAUUCGUCCGGGACACUGAAACGUUGGAAAUAGCGGAAUUGAAAGAAAACUGGAAUGCCUUCCACCACGCCAUUGCCCGUAAUCAAAUGGAAACUGCUGCACAUUUACUUUCAAUUAGCUCGAAUUUAAAGCGGAUCAAGACGGAAGGUGGCAUGAGUCCUCUUCAACUGGCAGCUCUGAAAAAUAAUCUCAAAAUGUGUCGAUGGCUGGUGGAAGAAGGCGCCGACCUGAAAACUCUUCUUCUACCUGGGGACUCGAUGCUGGUUUGCAAAGACCACUUUCUCAUGCUGCAAGGAGACGUAAAUUACAAGGACGAAAGUGGGAAAACGGCCUUGCACUGCGCCACCCAAUACUGCUACGAGGAAUUAGUUAUCGAGUUAAUUGACGCGGGCGCCGACGUGGAGGCCACAAACCGAAAUGGAUGGAAUGCUUUACAUUUUGCUUGCGUUUGUAACGCUUCCAAGCGAAUAAUCAAAAUUCUGCACAAGAAAAGUAAUGCACUUGCCAGCCAAAGAACAAACAACGGCGAAACGGCCUUGCACAUUUUCUUCCAGACCUUUAGAAAAGACAAAGCAUUUGUGGUGGAUUUCGUGCGUUUCCUCGUCGAGGAAGUUGGGGUAGACUACGAAGCCGUGGACAAUCAAGGCAGACCAGCACUGAGCAUGGUUUCGGAACAGUUUUGUUGGUAUAAAGCGCCAAACUACGCAGCCAUUGUGGUGAAAAUAGGAAAAUCCGGAAUUAAUUCUGCAGCAAAACGCGGUGAUUUGAAUGAACUGCUCAAGUGUAUCAAUAUGGGCGCGGACAUUAAUUUGAAAAACAAAGAAGGGGCGACGCCACUGCAUUUGGCUGCAGACGAAGGACAUUUGAAAUGCGUAAAAUGCUUGACUAACUCAGGGGCCAACCUUCAAGCCAUCUGGAGGAUAAGCAGAGCGAACGAGCGGCGAUUAAGGGACUUGAGCGAGGAUUUGGAAGGAAAAUGGUUCAAUUCGGACUUUAAAGGGCUCGUCGGGUCCACAGCGUUGCAUUUAGCGGCGGAAAAGGGGCAUUUGCUGGUUGUGCAGUGGCUGGUAGACUUUGGAGCGAGUCUUGAGGCCAAAGAUCACUACGGCAGAACUGCCUUGAUGCUCGCAUGCAGGUUCAACAAAUUAGACGUCGUGGAAUAUUUACUGGGGAAAAACGCCAGCCCGAAGAAAACGGACAAGAGAGGAAAAAACGCGAUGCAUCACGCCUUGUUUAAUUUAGAAAUCAACAAACUGCUGCAUGAAAAAGACAAGAAAUUGGUUAGAAAGGUAACCGAGAACGGAAAGACCACGUUGCACCUGGCAGCAAUUCACAAUUCGGUCGAGGUCUUGCAUUGGCUAGUCAUUAAAAUCAAACUGGACGUGGAUGCCACCGACACGAGCAAACGGACAGCGUUGAUAUUCGCUUCUUACACCGAUUCGUUGGAGGCGGCCAAUGUCCUGCUCGAAUUAGGCGCCGACGUGAAUAAGGCAGACAAGUGUGGGAAAACGGCAUUGUUUUACGCGGCGAAAUGGCAAAAUCUAGACUUGAUGCAAAAGCUGCUGGACAAAGGAGCUCAUUUAAACUGUGGCAAAAAUGUUCUGCGCAAGACUUUGUUCGAUCUCAACAUGUUCACUCGGCUGCACCAGCGAAACUCGGAUUUGGUGAAGAAACUGGACCAAAACGGUGACAACUUGUUGCACGUAGCAAUCCGUAAACACCAGAGUUCGUUUCGAGUGGUGCGCUGGCUGAUCGAUGAAGGGCAAAUCGACCUAAACGCCCGCAAUAAAAAAGGGGAAACCGCCCUUUUGCUUGCUUGCAUGUGGCGCAGGUGGGACGUGGUCGACCUGUUACUCAGCAAAAACGUCGAUGUCACCGUCAAGAGCAGCGAAGGAGAGUCUGCUCUGGAUUACGCUUUUAACUGGGAAUUCUGUACGAAUUGAUUGUUGCUUAGUAUCUAGUCUCAUACCUCGAAAACAAAAAAUAUAAUUUGGUUUUAAUUUCAUGCGCAGUUAUUAUUUUUAUUCCAGGGUAUGGACAAUCACAACACGUUGAAACUAUAUGUUAAAUUAAAAAUAUUUACCUAAUUACAGUACACACUGUGUCUAAUAUUUACCAGAUUAUUUUAUUUUUACUAUCAAAUCGUGUUUGACCACAAAUUUUGAAUUAAAAAUACAAAAUAUUAUCAAACCGUGAAUUGUUUUUAUUGGAACUUCACACUUCUAUUCUUCCUGCUUGAGAGGAUGCACGAUAUUUGCGAAUACGUCUUGCGAUUCCGAUGAAGAAUAUGCAAAUGACUGAAAGAAGAACAAAUUGUGAAUAAAGGAGCGUAUAUAUAAAAUUAAUAGCUGACCAAAGUCAAUGACCAAGUUCCACCAUAACGACAAAUCAGAGAGUCCGGACAGGUAGAAGGCAUCGGGAGUGUUUUGAACAGGCCCUUUGAUGCCGAGCUUGUGUACAAUGAGUCCAUAGGUCAUGAAAAAGUUGAAGGCUCCUAAGGAAGCGGGAAUGCUGAAGAGGAAGGCCAGCGAUAUUGGGAUCGAGUUCAUAAUCAAGAAUUGCAGAAAGCUUAAAUUAAAUUGGUCGGUAACUAUACGCAGGGGAGUAAUGUUAAUUAAUUUUCAUUUUUAAAAAUCUAAAUGUUACCAAAUACGCUGAUCUGGUAGAAUAUAUUUGAGUAAAACACGCCCCUGCACACCUCAUGAUAGAAAUCUCGUUCAGUUUCGACCUCUGAUUUCUGAGGAAAAUAGAGAAGGAUAAUUUUUUGUAAUCUUAAAACUCUCUACAAAUACCUUUUCCCUGUUCGAAGAGGCUGGAGUGUUGAUCUUGAUAAAUUUUGUCUUGCUUGCCAUCCUGGAC